CGGGAGCCCCGGACCCGCCGGGCACCGGGCACCGGCUCCGGGGGCACGGAGAGGAGCCUGGGGAAGCGAGCCGCCCCCGUCCGGCCCUGCCCCGCCCCGUCCCGUUUCGUUUCGUUUCGUCCCGUUCCGCCCCAUCCCGCCGCGGGCAGCGGAGCAGCCCCGGUCCCGGCGCCGCUCUCCCCCAAGGCUGGCAGCAGAGAUGGACACCUUCAGCACCAAGAACCUGGCCUUGCAGGCCCAGAAGAAGCUCUUGAGCAAGAUGGCCACCAAGACCAUAGCCAACGUCUUCAUCGACGACACCAGCAGCGAGAUCCUGGACGAGCUCUACAGGGCCACCAAGGAGUACACCCACAACCGCAAGGAGGCCCAGAAGAUCAUCAAGAACCUGAUCAAGAUCGUGAUGAAGCUGGGCGUGCUGUACCGCAACGGGCAGUUCAGCGCCGAGGAGCUGCUGGUGCUGGAGCGCUUCCGCAAGAAGGUGCACACCCUGGCCAUGAUGGCCGUCAGCUUCCACCAGAUAGACUUCACCUUCGACCGCAGGGUGCUGGCAGGGGUGCUGACGGAGUGCAGGGACCUCCUGCACCAGGCCGUCAACGGCCACCUGACGGCCAAGUCCCACUCCCGCAUCAACCACGUCUUCAACCACUUCGCCGACUACGAGUUCCUCUCGGCGCUCUACGGCCCGGCCGAGCCCUACCGCAGCCACCUGAAGAGGAUCUGCGAAGGGGUGAACAAGAUGCUGGAGGAGGACACCAUAUGAAGCCGGGCAGCCGCUGGGAC